UUCUUCUUCUUCUUCAACAUCCUCCUCGGGCCUCUUCCUCAAUCUCUUUAAGCUCUGCAAAACUGUGAAAAACCCUAAUUUGAAUCUCUCGUUCGCAAGUAUCAUCAAUGGGUAAAAACAACAAGAAAGAGAGGAAAGAUGGAGAAGAAAAAUCUACACACUCUGCCGCCACUGUUUGCGUUUCUGGCUUGCCGUAUUCCAUCACCAAUGCUCAGCUUGAAGAAGCCUUUAGUGAAGUUGGUCCCGUCAGGCGUUGCUUUCUCGUCACAAAUAAAGGAUCAAAAGAACACCGCGGCUUUGCUUUUGUUGUAUUUGCUUUACCAGAGGAUGUUAAGCGUGCUAUUGAGUUGAAGAAUGGUUCUACUGUUGGAGGACGUAGGAUUACUGUUAAACAGGCCACACCUCGCCCUUCUCUUCCAGAGCGUCGUAUAAAAGCAGCUGAAGGUACCUCUUUACCUGAUAAUUCCCAGGCACAGAGUGACAAGGGCACUUUGAUCCCCGAGACUGACAAGAAAGUUCUUCCACCCGAAGAAAAGGUAGAUAAACCAAUUAAGCGCAAAAAAGAAGAGAAGCCAAUUGAGCGCAAGAAAGAAGAGAAGCCAAUUGAGCGCAAAAAAGAAGAGAAGCCAAUUGAGCGCCAAAAAGUAGAGAAGCCAUUUGAGCGCAAAAGCAAAACGAAGCUUCAUGUUGAUUUACCGGAUAAAGAAACAUGUUCAGACAAGCAAAGAGUUGCAAGAACUGUAAUCUUUGGUGGCCUUGUUAAUCCUGAGAUGGCAGAGCUAGUCCAUAGUCGUGUCAAAGAGAUUGGCACUGUGUGCUCUGUCAGAUAUCCCCUCCCCAAAGAAGAGCUCCAACAAAAUGGUCUUGCCCAAGACGGAUGCAGGGUAGAAGCAUCGGCUGUUCUCUUUACGAGUGUCAAAUCUGCUUGUGCUGCGGUUGCAAAAUUACAUCAAACUGAGAUAAAGGGAAAUAUCAUUUGGGCUCGUCAGCUUGGUGGUGAGGGUUCAAAGGCUCAGAAGUGGAAACUAAUUAUCCGAAAUCUUCCUUUCAUGGCUACGCCUAGAGAUAUUAAGGAGGUCUUUUCAGCAGAAGGGUUUGUCUGGGAUGUUUUUAUUCCUAAAAAUUUUGAAACUGGGCUACCUAAGGGUUUUGCAUUUGUCAAAUUCACGUGUAAGAAAGAUGCAGAGAGUGCGAUUCAAAAGUUCAAUGGGUACAUGUUUAGUAAAAGGCCGAUAGCUGUAGACUGGGCUGUACCUAAGAAUCUUUACAACGGUGCUGCUGAUGCCACUACUGCUUCAGCAAAUGGUGACAAAGAAGGAAGUGACGGGGACAGUGAUAACAGUAGUGUUGAUUUGGAGGAGGUUGAUGAUGCUGUAGAAAGCCACCCACCUUCAGGAGAUGAUACUGAUGAUGAUGAUGAUGAUGAGGAGGACGGCAGUAGCAAACUGAGUGAAUCAGAUGCACUGGAGAGAGAUGUUGGGGCCGAUGUGAAUUUUGAAGAGGAAGCAGAUGUUGCGAGAAAGGUUCUUAAGAACUUGCUUGCGUCUUCAAAAGAUUCUAUUUCUCCUGAUGUAGAUACAGAGGACGCAGAUAAAAGCAAACUUAGAAAUUCAACAACUAAGCCAGUCGCUGACUCUUCUGGUGUCUCUGAACCUUUGGAAUCUGGUAAAACGAAAGUGGUGGCUCCUAAAGAAAGGCAGGAAAAUGAUGAUUUUGAGAGAACGUUAUUUAUAAGAAACCUCCCAUUUGAUGUUACUAAGGAAGAAGUCAAACAGAGGUUUGCUGUAUUUGGGGAAGUUGAAUCUUUAUUCCUGGUUCUCCACAAGGUCACAAAGCGGCCAGAAGGGACUGCUUUUCUCAAGUUCAAAACAGCAGAUGCGUCAGUUGCAGCCAUUUCAGCUGCUAAUACUCCCUCAGGUGUAGGUGUCCUUCUUAAAGGCAGACAACUGAACAUUAUGAGAGCUGUGGGUAAGAAAGCUGCACAGGACAUAGAGCUCAAAAAGACCGAGGAGAAGAAUCUUGACCAUCGGAAUCUUUAUCUUGCUAAGGAAGGUCAGAUCCUUGAUGGUACACCUGCUGCGGAGGGUGUGUCUGCGGAAGAUAUGGACAGGCGACGAAGAUUGCAUGAAAACAAGAUGAAAAAGCUUCAGUCUCCUAACUUCCAUGUAUCUCGAACAAGGCUUGUGAUCUAUAAUUUGCCCAAGUCCAUGAAUCCAAAGCAAUUACACAAGCUCUUAGUUAAUGCUGUUACCUCACGAGCUACAAAGCAGAAUCCGUCUAUUCGACAGAUCAAGUUCUUACAGAAUGAGAAGAAGGGUAAAGUUGAUACUAAGAACUACUCCCGUGGUGUUGCCUUUGUCGAGUUCACGGAGCAUGAACAUGCUCUUGUAGCACUGAGAGUACUUAACAACAAUCCUGAGACAUUUGGUCCUCAACACCGCCCUGUUAUAGAAUUUGCUGUUGAUAACGUCCAGAAGCUUAAGAUACGAGAAGCUAAGCAGCAGCAGUUUCAGCAACGGGAUAAACACUACGAAUCUGAACAGCAGCAACGCGAUAAACACAACGAAUCUGAGCAGCAGCAGUCGAAUGGUGAAGCAGAGGCACCUGACAAUAGAUACAAAAGAAAAACGAGGGAAUGGGAUAACACUGGUCCAAGGAAAGAGAAUGGAACCAGGUUUAAGAAGGGACCUGUGCGCCCACGUGAAGAGGGUAAAGAAGAAGCAAAAUCCAAUAUAGCAGUAAAAGGUGAUGCAGCAGAAGAGAAGAAGAGACCUAAUAUACGCACACAGGAAAAACCGUCUUCAAACCAGAAAGGGCAAAGGAUGAGGCAGAAAGAGGCAAAUGAGAAACCAAAUCAGAAGAAUUCCAAAGAUAUGAGCGAUGAUGUACCAAGAAAGAGGAAGCUUGGGGAGAUCAGAGGUGAAGAGAGUAGAAAUGGGCAGAGGAAGAAGAAUAAGAAGCAAGGUGAAGGUCAAGGUGGUGCAGAGGAAGGUGACAAACUUGAUAUGUUGGUUGCGAUAUACAAGUCAAAGUUUUCCCAGACCUCAGCCAAAACGGGCCCACAAAAACCACUCAGGAGAUGGUUCGAAUCUUGAGAUUUCUUGAAUCAUCAAAUGUCAGUUUUGAUCUUCUUAAGUUUCAUCUGUACCUUUCUUUUUCUUUAUUCUGUCUGAGAAAUCUCCAAACACGUCGUCCUUCUUGUUAUGUAUUCGUAUCCUUACAAACUAGACCGGAUCAGAAUCUUAAAGAGAUCAGGAUUUAUUUUGUUGAACUGGAUGGUUUGAUCAGCAAAUUUAUAGCAUGUAGCCUUGUAACGACAGUUCAUAACCUAA